CGCGGGCAGUCUCAAUUUGACGAGAUACGAUAAUUACGAAAAUUCUUAACCUAAUAAAUAAUUCUCUCUUAAAAAAAACAGUGCAAUCACGUAAAAUCCAAUAGUCAGUGAAAAAUAAUUGAUUGAAGAGAAUUUACCGUGUGGAUUUUGGUCUUGACCAUCAAAAACGCUUCGAUUGGAUCUCUGAAACGGGAAUGGGAGUAUCAGAUACAUUGAAUUACCUUCUGUUUUCUAAUCCCGUCAGCUCGAGUGCCGGUUCGUUUGCGAAAACUGCUGCAUCAGCUUCCCACCAGUGCCGAACAGCUGCAGAGUGGGGAUGACAUGGAGAUGAGGGGAAGGUGGUAGUGAUCACCGCGCUGUCUCGUGCUGCCUGAGAGAACUUGUGUUUUUGGCUGGACAAUACCUGCUUGUAUCAUACCUUAUCUACACUAUCUGCACUGACGCGUCGCCAUUGAUGUUGUAUCAAUCUAAAAAUAGAAGAAUCUUAGAUCCACCCUCACCCCGAAAGCAGUAGUAACAUCAAUAUUAGAGUCACGCAGGCGCGGGUUGAAUGACAUUUUUGGUCUAUUCCAUGUCGGGCUUCCGAAAUUCCACAGAAAAAAUAGUAAUUUCUCGCUGCGGUGAAUAAAUUGAAGAAAUGUCGAGUUUCCCUGAGACGGAAACCGACACCGGGUCUCCAUCCAUGUCCAAAGCAGAGGACAACUUGUCGAACAGCGAUGGGCCUUUGUUGAAGAGGAGUUUAGGGAGAAAUAACACAUCUAUCAGCUUGAGGAACGGCUCCAGCGGUAAAUCAUCGAGGUCUCCCUCACGAACACCUACCCAUCGCCAAUCUUCCAGCUCCUUUGAUCCCGAGAAGAAAAGGUAUUGCCUCUGGACUUUAACAUGCAUUCUAGCAGUCAUAGGUCUCUGCAAUCUUCUCCUGAGUAUCACCAUCAUCGACGUCCUCCGAGUUUCCCGAGGGAUGGAGUCGUUAGAGGUCAUUCCUGAGGAGUCUUUAGUGAAAUUCUUCGGGAACACUGAUCUGGACCACGUAUGUGUCGAACGAGGAAUUUGCCAGGGCUACGGUGACGAGCCGGUGGAAUUUUCCGGGCACGACGCAGGAGUGCAUCUCAAUGUGCAGAACCACCGAUACGAUCAUAUAAGAAGUGAUUUUCGUGUUCUCAAGAACGUAACGUCAGUCUCGCAAGUGAAAUCCUUCGAGAUAAAGGAUCCUCACGGCCACUUGCUUUUCUCCACGAAUUUUUCAAAUUUCGGAUCACUCAGAGGAGUCGAUAGAAUCGACGUGAAGCUGGCGCAAACCCACAGGAUUGUGUCGCCAGUCAAUGAAACUUUACUGCUGGAUUCGAAGAAACAGGUUUCCAUGCACGGAGCCGAAAGUCUCGGUAUGGAAGGCAAAGAAAUCAUCCUCAUGGCUAACAACGACGUUAAUUUCAAGAGCAACGACAGCAUCUUCCUGGAUGCCACUCAUGGCGUGUUUUUGGAUGUCCAGAAGAUUCCCAUUGCUCCGCCAUUUGUCUCUAGCGGCAGAUCAGAAGCUCUUCAGUACAAAAUUUGUGUGUGCAUGCCUGAGGGGAAAUUAUUUAGAGUACCUGUGACCCCCGGAAACAUGAAUUGCGCGAGGGUCAGUAAUUCACCUGAAGACGAUCCCUGUCGUUAAUCUUAUUUAUAUAUAUUUUUUAAUUUCGUGAAGGAAAAAUCAUCGCUUUACGAAUUUUUGUAGAGAUUAAUAAUAAAUGUGUCAGUUACACAGUUGACUUUA